UUACAAUAACUAUAAAAGGAAUGAAAAAAUUUUUUAACAGCAAAAUAGGACUUUAAUUGCACAUAAUUAAAAAUCAAUGAACCAUGAUGGGUUCAUUGACAAAACUUGAAAAACAUGUUCUUCCUGAAAGUUCAACCAAGUCAAUACCAAAUAACUGUGUGUGUGUGUUGAUCUAUAAGGGAUAGAGUUACAUAGGUGAACCCACAACUUCAACAUUGGACCCCUGACUCCCUGAAGAAAAUCAGGUUCAAGUUUUGCAGCCUGGCCAGGCCUGGUUACUUCUCAUGUCCUGGGAUAGGUAAAUUCCUCCAUCUGUGACCUUGUUGCAGAAAGAAGAGGCCCAUGGAGCUGCCUGAAGAAUGCAGGUCUCAGUUGUGUUGCAGGGAGAAGUAGUCCAGUCCAGGCAGCUGGGGACCUCGGGCGACCAUCUUGCACAUUCCUCAAUCACAAGGAAGGAUUUCAACUGCUCUGGCUGGUGUGUGGACCAGACAUUAUUCAUCUUCCUCCAGACUGCCCAGUGUGCUGCUUCCACUCCUGUCCCUCUUCCCAAAGUGGCUUCUUGGGCUCAGAGACGACAUUCCCUUAGACUUCCAGAAGCUGGAGAAGGAAAUGGACUCAGUGGUCAUUGAGGAUGUGGCUGUGGUCUUUAGCCAUGAAGAGUGGGCUUUGCUGGAUCUUGCUAAGAGGAAACUCUACAGAGAUGUGAUGAUGGAAACUCUCAAAAACCUGGCCUUAGUAGCUUUGCGAAACCUUAAUGAUGGAGAAAAGUUAUCCAGUGAAAAUAUAAUUGUGUGGUUCGUGAAGGGUAACAUCUGGUCCUGUAUGCUAGGAGAAAUCUCUGAAUCACAUGGCUAUAAAGAUCUGCCUAAAAACAAGGGGAGUCAUUGGAGAAGUCAUACAGUGGGGAAUCUCUGUAAAAUUGAUGAAUGGAAACAGUGUGGGAAAACCUUCUGCGGGAUUCCAAAUCUUACUGUUGUAAAAAGAAAUCCUCCAGAAUUAAACCCUUUUGGAUGCUGUGAGUGUGGAAAAGCCUUCAUGGAUCACCCAUCACACGAGCAUUACAUCAGAUCUCACACUGGAUGCAGUACAUGUCAUUGUAGGGACCAUGAAGAUGCCUGCUAUUGUCCCUCUGACCUGACUUCUAUUAGAACUCUUAAUGGAAAGAAACCCUAUACGUGCAAAGUAUGUGGAAAGGACUUCAUUUAUUUCUCAACCCUUAAGAAUCCUGUGGCAACAUUCACUGGGGAGAAACACUAUGAAUGUAACGAAUGUGGGGAAGGUUUCUAUCAUUUCUCAUCUUUUGGGGCAGGUGUGAGAGGUCAUAAUCAUGAAUGUAAAGAAUGUUGUAAAAGCUAUACUAGUCCUUCAUUUCUCAUUUUACAUAAAAAACUUUUUAAUGUAGAUAAUCUUUAUGAAUGUAAGGAAUGUGGGAGUGCCUUUAGUGGUUCCUCGGCCCUCACUAAACAUGAAAGAACUCACAGUGGAGAGGGGCCUUAUGAAUGUAUGCAGUGUGGUAAAGCCAUUAGUCAUUCCAUAGGCCUCGCUAACCAUUUAAGAACUUACAGUGGAGAGAGGUCUUACGUAUGUAAGGAAUGUGGGAAAGUCUUUAUUUAUAACUCAGCCCUCACUGUACGUAACAGAACUCACAGUGGAGAGAAACCUUAUGAAUGUAUCGAAUGUCAGAAGGUCUUUAGUUAUUCGUCAAGCAUCACAAGACAUAUAAAGACUCACAGUGGAGAAAGGCCCUAUGAAUGUAAGGAAUGUGGGAAAGCCUUUGGGGCGGCCUCAACCCUUACGCAGCAUGUAAGAAUUCAUAGUGGAGAGAGACCUUUUAAAUGUAAGGAUUGUGGGAAAGCCUUUAAUCGGGCCUCAUCCCUCAGUAGACAUACAAGAACUCACAGUGGAGAGAGGCCUUAUAAAUGCAAGGAAUGUGGGAAAGCCUGUAGUCAGUCUUCAAACCUCACUAUCCACAUGAAAGUUCACACUGGAGAGAGGCCUUAUGAAUGUAAGGAAUGUGGGAAAGCCUUUACUCAAUCCUCACACCUCACUUCACAUAUAAAAAUUCACAAGGGAGAGAAACCUUAUGAAUGUAAGGAAUGCGGGAAAGCCUUUCGCCAAUACUCGCAGCUCACAACGCACAUAAAAAUUCACAGGGGAGAGAGGAGUUUUGAAUGUAAGGAAUGCGGGAAAGCGUUUAGUGGUUCCUCGGCCCUCGGGAGACAUGUAAGAACAGUGGAGAGAGGCCGGAUGAAUGUAAGGAAUGUGGGAAAGCCUUUAAUCAGGCCUCACCCCUCAGUAGAUGUAUAAGAACUCACAGUGGAGCAAAGCCUUACGAAUGUUCCGAAUGUGGGAAGCCUUUAGGUGUUCCUCAAACCUCAUGCUACAUAAAAACUCAAAGUGAAGAGAGACCUUAUGAACGCAAGGAAUGUGGUAAAACCUUUACUUGCUCGCAUUCUGUCUCUGAACACUUACAAGCUCACAGUGGAGAGAGGUACUAUGAAUGUAAGCAAUGUGGGAUAGCCUUUAGUUAUUAUUCAGCCCUAAUAACGUGUAAAGGAAACCCUGGUGGCAUAGCAGUUAAAGGCUAUGGCUGCUAAGCAAAAGGUCAUAAGUUCAGACCCACCAGGCACUCCUUAGAAACUAUGGGCCAGUUCUGCCGUGUCCUAUAGGGUCACUAUGAGUUGGAAUCGACUUGACGGCAACGGGUUUGGGUUUCUUUUUUUUAAUAAUGUGUAAAAGAGCUCACAGUGGACAAAAAACAUAAUGUAAGGAAGGUCAAACGUCUUUCAGCAGUCCUUACAGCUCGCUACACAUAAACCCGCCCACUCUCGUCAAGUCGAUCCGACUCAUAGCAACCCUAUAGGACAGAGUAGAACUGCUCCAUAGAGUUUCCAAGGAGUGCCUGGUGGAUUCGAACUGCCGACCUUUUGGUUAGCAGCCAUAUGACUUAACCACUCCACCACCAGGGUUUCCUCACUACACAUAGAAGAACUCAAAUUGGGGAGGACUCUUGAAUGUAAGGAGUGUAGGAAAGCCAUUAGUUAUACUUCACAACUCACUUUGCAUGUAGGAACUCAACACUGGAGAGACUGCUGCUUUUCAAAAGUGGGAUGUUUCAUCCUUUCUGGUGUAAUUACAAACAGCAAAUUUCUGAAAGUCUGUGAUUAAAGAACAAAAUUUCUCAGUGAGUAAGGAAGCAAUACUAACUCAGAAGAGAUGUCAGUGCUGCUUUGUGCCUUUGAGAGAGAUGACAGUUUCAUUGUAGCUGGAGGAUAGUCUCAUCAGAUCCUAACCUUUCUUAAAUAGAGCCUUUGGCUAUCCCAAAUAAAGCUGCAGGGAAUAGACUGGAGUGAAUGUGGUAUUAUGUCUUUUAAUGUUUGGAUAUUAUUUUGCAUACAAUUAAAUACACUCAUUUCAUAUUUGGUUUAAGAGUGUUUUCAUGUUUCAGUAUUUCCUUGGUUUCUCUCCUAUCAUAAAGUUGUGUUUUAUGCUUUAUAAUUAAGUUUCUUAUGGGGUGAUACUUUGAGACCGUGCAAAUAUUGUUUUUCGUCAUACUUUACUAAUUUUAGUAUCCAUUGAUAAUUAUUACCUGUAAUUAUUAUUUUGGUGUUUGUCAAAUGGUAUUUUCUGUUCCAAUCAUUUCUUCUAUAUUUAUUAAUUGGGAUUUUGGAAUUAAUACCUUUCCCCUCUCUCUCCUUUAUUUUAUUAAAUUGUUUAUAACAGUACAGAGAGUCCCAGGAUUACAAACGGGUUUCAUUCCUAAGCCUGUCUUUAUGUCAAAUUUGUACCUGAGUCACCGUUAGGGAUUGAAUCACGUUCCCCCAAAAUGUGUUAAGUUCAAUAUACCAUGAUUCCAGGUAUUGUGUGGUUGUCCUCUAUUUUUGUGAUCUGAUGUAAUUAUCCUCCUUUUUGCGAUGUGUUGUAAAUCCUAACUUCUGUGCUUGUGGUUAUGGUCCCAUUUGGGUGUGAAUUUUCCCUUAUGAUAAUGAGGCAGGAUAUGGGUGGGAUGUAUCUGGAGUCACCUUCUUACUAGAGGGUUUGACUCAAAUAAUCACUCUCAACUUCAUUCACCACCGUUACGAGCGUUAUUCAAGUCAUGCCCUUACUUCAGUCAGACAUCUUACCUUACAAGAGAUUAAAGCAUAGAGAAGCAAGCAGAGAUGGGGAUGUCACCACCACCAAGAAAGAAGAGCUGGGAGCACAGCACUUCCUUUGGAUCCAACAUCUCUGAGCUGAGAACCUCCUAGACCCAGGAGACAGAGAGUUGUAACGUCACAGGAGUACAAGAUGGCGAAUAGUGGCUGCAGAGAAGUAGCAGCAGGAGAUGGGCAAGAGAAGGUGCAGUGGGUAUGCCAACCCAAGGAACGAGAAAGCUUAAUGCCUUUGGGCUGAGGCUGUCUGCAAGAGUGGAGUGUCCUUGGGCACUUACCAGUGCAGCUAAAGGGCUUUGUAACACUUGCCUGAGGCAUGGAGAGGCCAAGACAGACCUAGUGGCCAAGGGUUUAGAGAGAGAGAGAGAGGCCUGCCUGUGGGCAUGACUGAGAAGCUGUCUUGACUGAAGAACUAUCCUGAGCUAUUUCUGAUCUUGACUUGUAAGCUGUUGUGCCAAGACAUGUGGACAGCUUCAAGGAACACUGGGUCCAGAGAUGCUAAAGAGAGACAGGGACCUUACCCCUGAGUCAGCAGAGAGGGAGAAUUUUUCCUGGAGCUGGCACCCUGAACUUGGGCUUCUGUCCUUCUAAACUGUGAGAGUAUAAAUUUCUGUGUGUUAAAGCCAUCCACUCGUGGUGUUUCUAUUAUAGGAGCAGUAGAUAAGUAAGACACAACAAUUAAAUGUGGUUCAUAUCUAACAUCAGUUUGCCAAAUGUUUAUAGGUAGUAUAUUGUAUACCUUUCUAUGUAUAAAAGUAUUAAGGAAACACUUCAAGGUACUGGAAAACAUCCUUACCAUAAUAAUACAAUAAUAAGAAUCAUGUUUUGAUGUGCAUUGUGGGGGCAUUCGGUGUGCUUACAGCUGUUGGUCCCUCAAAGUGGAAAGAGCUAGGAAGUAGACGUGUGAGUAUGCAUACACAAAGAUAUGUAUUUAUACUGUUUCCUAUAUGGAUCUGUAUAUAUUUAAUAACGGCAAGGUCAUAGCCACGUCUCUGAUUCCAUUCCAACACCCCAGGGCUCAUUUUAGUCUUUUCCCUUGCUUGAUAUACCGCUGUUUUCCUGAGUAGUAAUACUCCUGGCUGUCAUUAUCCACAAUACGUUAUUUGCUAAAUCUGAGAAUAUACAUAAAGCAGUUUCAGAGCAGCUGUCUGUGAGGUGAUGAACCACCUGGCAGAAAGCAGUUGGCUUUGAUCAAUGUUACUGAGAGAUUUUGCAGCUGAGGCUCAUGAGUGAGGGCAGGUAGGAUCAGAGUACCACCUGGUGACCUGAUGCUAAUCUUUGGAGGCGUAAUUUAGCUUUCAUGUGGGACUGGCCAGUAAAAGCACAGAAGUCAGAGGCUUAAGGAACCUUUGAGGUUGGUGAGAAACAUCCAUCCAUGUGGAGGGUAGCACGACCUAGGGACAUGGCAGCUCUGCACCGGGACCUUCCCAGACCUUGCCUCAAGCAUCUCUUUAUUUGUGUCCGUUUUUGUUAUAUGUAAGCCAUUAUUGUAAGAAUGGUCUUUUUGUGGCUUCAGUGAGUCGCUCCAGUGAAUUAUUGAGCCAAAAGGAGGUUUAGAAUUAAGGAGGUGGGGGGACCCUGAUCUUCAGGCUGGUGUUCUAAAGGAGUUAGAGUGAACCCUCAGACUUUUAGCCAGUAGAUCAGAAGCUGGGAGUCGUUCAAACUUUGAGACUUGAAUCUGGUGUCGUCUUGUUUUAACUUGUGAGGUCUGGCCUAAAUCCAGGUGGCUAGAGUCGGGGAGAAUCCUUUGUGGGUGGCUGGUGUCAAAACUAAACAAGGACAGGAAUAUGAGGUUUCCACAGGACACAGUUGGCAUAUAAAAGGGAAUUUCUUAGUCCUCUUGGCAUAGAUAGUAAUUAGUUGAAGCCAUUAAGUUCCACCUGAUCCUAAAACUGGUAUUUCAAGUACUGUAUUGCAUGAUUGGUGGAAUUUUAGUGAAGUUUGAAAAAUGGAUUGAGCCAGAGUUAUAGUAAGGACUGAAGGAGUACUUUUAGUGAAUGAGUGAAUAGAUAAUACGUUUAGAGGCAGUCAGGCAAGGACUUCCUCAAUUUCUAGCCUCUCCCUACAAAAGUUCCAGCUCCAGACCCAUCCACACCUCCAUACUCUGCAUCUCAGUGAAAACCUUGGCCCUCUCCAUUAGCUCCAGGUCCCCUCCCUUCUUUUCUGAUCCAUCAUACCUUCAGUCAUUUACUGUCUCCAGCAUGUUCAGUACCUCCUGUCUCCUGACUGUUUGUCCUUAGUAUCAAAUCUCACCAGGGUAAUUGAACCUUGUGUAACUGUCUUUUAUGAUCAUCUUUCAUAUUCAUGUUUUAGCUUCUUUGAAAAGGUGCUAAAGCCACACGUUCUUGGCAUCAAGCACCAACCCAAUCAACUCUCACAUGUCCACAUCUCCAGCAGAGAUCUCCUUCUCAGGCUUUAGCCUCAAAUAUCCUGUAAUCAUUACAGUAGGCUCCAAGAAGUUUGUCUUCUCAUACUUGGAUCCUUUAGCCACUUCACUACUGCCAGCAGAAGGUUGGUUUUUAAAUUCGCUUGUAAUUAGAUCCCUAUCCUGCUUAACAUCUGUAUUUCCACCUCACCUGUCUAAACUGCAUUUCCCUCUCUGUUUCUGUAGUUUUACGUCAAGACUCUUCUGUAAGGCCACCACCUCUAGGAAUCCUUCUGUACCGUCCCGAAUUGCCCUUUCUCAGUACUAUUCUGAUCCUCUUCUUUGGCCCCUAGUGUAGCGUUGAUUGGAGCCCUUGUGUUGGCAGUAGUGGAGUCCUGGUAAUGCAGUGGUUAAAAGCUCGGCUGCUAACCAAAAGGUCGGCAGUUUGAAUCGACCAGCUGCUCCUUGGAAGUGCUAUGGGGCAGCUCUACCCUGUUCUAUAGAGUCGUUACAAGUUGGAAUUUACUCGACAGCAAUGGGUUUGGUUUUGGUUUGGCUGCAGUGGUUAAAGUUCUCAGCUGGUAACCAAAAUGUUGGCAGUUCAGACUCACCAGUCCCAGGAGAAAGAGGUGGUAGUCUGCUUCUGUAAAGAUUUACAACCUUGGAAAUCCUGUGGGGUCCAUAGUAGUCAGAGUAGGCUGGAUGGCAUUGGGUUUUUAGCACUGAUUAUGCUCAUUCUCACUCACUGCCUUGGUUAUCUACUGCUACUAUAAGAGAAAUGCCACAAGUCGAUGGCUUCAACACAGAGAAAUUUAUUUUCUCACAGUCCAGCAGAAGUCCGAAUUUAGGGUGCCAGCUCCAGGGAAAGGCUUUCUCUUUCAUUCGGCUCUGGAGGAAAGUCCUUGUGAUCCAUCAGUCUUCCCUUGGACAGGAGGCAUCUCAGAACAGGAACCUAAGGUCCAAAAGACGAGCUCUGCUCCUGGCACUGUUUUCUUGGUCAUAUAAGGUCCCCCUUGUAUGCUUGCUUCCCUUUCCUUUUUAUCUGUUGAAAAAUAAAAUGUGCAGGCCACACCCCAGGGAAACUUCCCUUACAUUGGAUCAGGGAUGUGACCUGGGUAAGGAUGUUACAAUCCCACCCUAAUCUUCUUUAACAUAAAAUCACAAUUACAUAAUGGAGGACAACCACACGAUACUGGGAAUCAUGGCCUGGCCAAAUUGAUACACACAUUUUUGGGGGGACAUAAUUCAGUCCAUGACACUAUCUUGGGAUAGAGCUUAUGCUUGCUUGCCUGUGCUUCUCUCUGUGCCUGUCACUCUGAAGGUCCUCGAACGCUUGAAGCAAUGAAUGGAUGGGUGAACUAAUGACACAUUGGGUUUGUAUCACCAGCACGGAGACCAGGGCCUGUGACAGAGCACAAAGUCUUUUAAUGAAUGUGGGAUGGGUGAAAAAAACAUGAUGAUGAGAUGGAAUUUUCCGAUGACUGGUACGUGGAAUCAAAGAGCGGUCCUGCAGGCAACCGCUAGAUGUGUUUCUCAGAACUAGAAAGUAUCUUCUUUUGUUUGUUUUCUUUCUUAUAUGGGGAGCCCUCAUCUACACCACAAUUCCUGAAUAGUUUCAGAAACACGGACCAUGAGAUGGACAUGAAUGCAGCCUGGAUCCGAUUAAAAUGUUAAAGAUGUCUUUUUGGAUAAAGAAAAUUCUAGAAAGACCAUGGUAGGAUCCUUCGUGCCAUCAUGGUUGACUCUUGUCAGAUGGCUAACAUUUUCUAAAAGCAAGUAAUUCAACAUAAUAGGAUCUCUUGUUCUUUAAAUGUUAUAUUCUUUGAGCAGACUGCCUUAUCUAGAUAUCUCCCCCAUCACACCUAUAUCUGCCUCCUGGGCACACAAUAAAUGUAAACCCUUUUCCCUAUAAAAACUGUUGCCAUCAAGUUGAUUCCAACUCAGCGACACUACAAGACAGAGUAGAACUGCCCUAUAGGGUUUCCAAGGAGCUGCUGGUGAAAUUUGAACUGCUGACCUUUUGGUUAGCAGCCAAGCUCUUAACCACUACACCACCAGGGCUCCCUUUUCCAUAGGAAAGUCUUAUAAAAUAAUCAGAUAUUCUCCAGGGCUUACAUUGUCUAGGCAAUGGGUAUAGAGUAUAGAAAACAGAAGUCCCCACAAUCCAGUAAUAGAGACGGAAUACAAUGAAAUAACAUAAUCAUGGAACAUAUCAGAUGGCAACAAGCACUAGGAAGAAAAAGUGGAAAAGGGAGUGAAUAGGGGUUGCUAUUUUUUGCUAGAUGUUUAGGCGAGAUGAGCAGACAAGGCGACGUGAACAGAGGCCUGAAGGAUGAGGAUGCAGAAGACGAAGAUAUCUGGGGAACUGUGUGCCAUUGAGGGAACAGACAAUGCAAAGUCCCUGAGGAUGGGGCUUUCAAAUUUUCAAGGCUAUCGAGGAGGCCAAUGUGGUGAGAGGAAUGUCGAAGAAGGAGAGUUAUAAGAGAUGGUGUUAGAGAAAGGGCCACGUGAACUAGAGACUACAUCAGCCUGAGACCAGAACUAGAUGCUGCCCGGCUACAACCUAUGACUGUCCUGACAGGGAACACAACAGAGAACCCCUGAGGGAGCAGGAGAGCAGUGGGAUGCAGACCCCAAAUUCUCGUAAAAAGACCAGACUUAAUGGCCUGAGACUAGAAGAACCCCAGUGGUCAUGGCCCCCAGACCCUCUGUUGGACCAGGACGGGAACCAUUCCCAAAGCCAACUCUUCAGACAUGGAUUGAACUGGACAAUGGGUUGGAGAGGGAUGCUGGUGAGGAGUGAGCUUCUUGGAUCAGGUAAACACAAGACUAUGUUGGCAUCUCCUGUCUGGAGAGGAGAUGAGAGGGUGGAGGGGCUAGAAGCUGGCAAAAUGGACACGAAAAGAGAGAGUGGAGGGAGAGAGCGGGCUGUCUCAUUAGGGGGAGAGUAAUUGGGAGUGUGUAGCAAGGUGUGUAUGGGUUUUUGUGUGAGAGACGGACUUGAUUUGUAAACUUUCGCUUAAAGCACAAUAAAAAUUAUUAAAAAAAGAGCUAUUAAACAUUUUAAAUAAAAUUGAACCCCCCCCCCGCCCCAAAAAAAGAGAUGCUAUUAGAAAAUGUUGAAGAAAAAGGUGGCCUGGCUAUUGAAACUUCAGGACGCAGGUGUACUUUUCCCACUAGCUGUACUUUAUCAAUCUGGCUACAGCGGUGUCCCAUGAAUGGAGUUGGGUCCUCUCCUUCCAUUUGGUUAGUUUUUGAGUUUCUGUGUUCUAGGAGACAUCUUUUUGAAUAUAUGAGCCCAGGUUCCCUUUGUCUGAAGCCCGCUCAUGCCAAGCAUAGUGCACACACACACCCAGCACACCAUGGGUUCCUGGGGCUCUGUGAGUACUGUGCUCUUCCCACCUCCAGCCACACAGAUUAGGUCAGGAUUGGACACAUCAGAAGCUGACAACAUCAGAUUGUUUUUAUUCUAAAGAAUGUAGGAAUGGUGUCCAGAUGUUCCAGUCAGGAAGCCUUGCAUGGACAUGUAAACCUGGGCUUAUUCUGAUACGGUCGUUUUUUACUCUCUGUUUAAAGAAACGUAAAAAUAUGUUCAGUAAACAAAGAGAAAGCGAUGUAUUAUACAUGUGGGAAAAUAUAAAACCUCAGUCUCUGAAACACUGAUGAAGAGAGAGGUUCCUUAGUUCUGAUGGCAUUCCAACUAUAGUUAUAUACCCAGGAAAACUACUAAAAGGGCAAAAAUUAGUUUAUCCAAAAGACAAAAGGAGUGAUAACUUUACAGUGUCAAGACACUUUGAAGGCUGAACACCCCAAGAGAAAAAUGAGCAAAGGUAAUUAGCCAACAAUUCACAAAAGAUUCAGUGCUAAGUACAACCAAAGUGAGUGUCAUGGGUUGAAUUGUGUCCCCCCAAAAUGUCUGUCAACUGGGCUAUGUCAUGACUCCCUUGUAUGAUUGACUACCAUUUUAUCUUCUGCUGUGGCUUCCUAUAUGUUGUAAAUCCUAUCACUAUGAUGUAAUAAGAUGGAUUAGCAGCAGUUAUAUCGAUGAGGUCUACAAGAUUAGGUUGUGUCUUAAGCCAAUCUCUUUUGAGGUAAACGAAAGAGAGAAGCAGGCAGAGAAACGGGGACCUCAUACCACCGGGAAAGCAGUGUCAGGAGCAGAGCAUGCAUCCUUUGGACCUGAGAUUCCUGCGCUGAGAUGCUCUCACACCGAUGGAAGACUGAUAACAAGGACCUUCCUCCAGAGCCGACAGAGAGAGAAAGCCUUCCCCUGGAGCCAGCGCCCUGAAUUCGGACGUCUAGCAUGCUGGACUGUGAGAGAAUAACCUUCUGUUUGUUACAGCCACCCACUUGUGGUAGUUCUGUUAGAGCAGCAGUAGAUGACCAAGACAGUGAGGAAUUGUUACGUGAGAUGGUAGGAGACCCUAAAUGAUACUAAAUGCAAAACUUCUAUAAUCCCAGAAAUCUAAAUUUGCCUCUCAUAUCGAAUACAUAUUGGCUGUUUGUACUUGGACAGAGAGCAGAAACAUUCUGAUUUUUCAUGUCUUUCACUCUGUAAUAGGGUUAGUGUUAUCCAUCUUCCUAGAUAGUUGACAGAUUUAAUACAUAUA